AGUGUGUCGGGUACCCUAUCGUUCGAUUUCGAUCCGACGCGUAGUGUCGACUUGGUGACCAGUCAUGCGCUUAUCGCCGCGUCCUCCCGUGACGCUUCCAAGCGUCGGUCUCGAUUCGAACAUUCGGUCGCGGUCCAUCACCCCAAGUCGUCACAUUUCGAUUUCCCUCCUCUCGCCCAGUACCAUGAAGGCUGCGCUCAUCCUCGCGCUUACGUCGGCCGUUGUCGCCGACACGCUUGAAGCCGACACCAAGGUCGUCGACGUCUGGGGCCAGUGCGGCGGCAAGGACUACAACGGCGACAAGGCGUGUGGCAGCGGCAACUACUGCAAGGUCAUCAACGAAUGGUACUCGCAGUGCCAGCCCGGCGGCAACGGCCAAGUCGGUGUCUGGGGCCAAUGCGGCGGCAAGGACUACAAGGGCGCGACCCAGUGCACGUCCGGCAACGAGUGCAAGGCCUGGAACGAGUGGUACUCGCAGUGCAUUCCUGGCAGCGCGACGACCGCGCCCGUCUCGGGGGCUCGGACGUCUCGCCGCCUCUCAACUGGGUCCAAGUCGACGGCGUCUGCUACACCAAACGGCAUUUCGUCGUACGAGGCGUGCAUUGCUGAAGCCAGCAAACGCGGCAAGCUCUACGCCACCUGGAAGGACAACACGUGCACCGUGCUGCAGACCGUCUACACGUACACGCUCGACAAGGCGUGCAAGGGCGCGGCCAAGUACAACCUCGACAAGUGGCAGUGCUCGGGCAACCACGACUUUUGGGGCAACGACGUCGGCCAGGCGCAGACGCGCUUCGACCGGUGCCUCGACUCGUGUGAAAACUUUAAGGACGGCGACAAGAAGUGCAACGCCGCGACGUGGGUGCGCAACCCUGGCAGCGAGUACGGCGUCUGCUUCUUCAAGUCGUUUGACGACCGGAACAAGCGCCCGUCGAUCAACGACCUCGGCGCAAUUGCUUGCAACCGCCUUGCCUCGUCGCAGUGA